GACUUGUGGUCGUGAUGAAGGAUGUUGCUGCUAUCUACUGGAUAACUACAUACAGUGCUACAGCAAUUCUGUACAAUAGAAACAGUCCAACAUUAGUACAGUAAGACAACCGACUUCUAACGAAAUAUUAUAAAACCAACAGAAGCUUCAUUUCUAAAUCAACAACUGACGUUUUCAAUGCUUCACUGUGACAUUAAAAUAUUUAUUUUUAACAUUGAGAGACUUUUAUUCUGAAACAAUAGGUGUAUAACCGUUUUCCCGGAUGUGGGUGCGUCGGUCCACUGUGAUGUAUGGAAAUUUUUAUAUGCCGAAAAUACUGGAUACAGUGCCGUUUAUUUACCGUGAAACGUUUUUAAAUUAGUAUCUUUACAACCUUUUACAAGUUUGUAUUGAUCGCGUGUAUCAGCUGCUUUUAAAUCGAACGACAGAGGGUCAGAUUGUGCGCUUAGUGGAAUAAGAUGUGAUUUGUUUGCAGAUGAUCAGUAACCGUAGAAUCAGACUCGUUUAACGGUAGCUGGCAGUGACUCUGUGGCUAUGUCGUCCUACCAUAACGUUGGUUUUCAAUCAGUUUUACAUUAUUUGUUGGUCUAGCUCAUGAUGGCAGGUUAAUGACCACAUUCGCUUAUGAAUUGGCUUAAUGUGUGAUGUGAGACUGGUUACUGAUCCACCUCUUCUGUGUUCAGUCUACCGUCGGUAAACAGAUGUUUGUAUUUAGUUUAAAUGAGCGUUAGCCCCAGGGGCCGUUUGCAGAAUGAAGUGUCAGGUUAGGGGAUGUUUUUCUGGAAAGAAAAGGCAGUGUAGGUAAUGUUUGCAGAAAUGUGCUGUGGAUCUAGAUGCGGAGGAACAGCACAAAGCACAGUUAUCAAUAAAUGAACAGGAGUACAGAAAGGAGGCUCCCUUCUCAUGGAUGUCUGCAGUAAGAACUCAAACCGCACAGCCCCAGUAAGCGAAGGGGGACCCAGGCGAGCCGAUGUGCCUCUGUGCUCUCGCACCAAUGGUUGGAGCUGGCCCCCACACCCCUUCCAGCUGCUGGCCUGGCUGCUUUAUUUAUACUUUGCUGUAACUGGCUUUGGUGUAUUUGUGCCUUUGCUACCCACACACUGGAUCCCAGCUGGAUAUAUUUGUACAGGGAUCACAUUUGUCUGUCACCUGUUCAUGCACCUGAUGGCGAUCUCUAUCGACCCUGCAGACUACAACGUCAGAGCUAAGAGUUACAAGGGACCCCUGCCAGUGUUCGACCGCACCAAGCAUGCACAUGUCAUUGAGAACUGUCACUGCUACCUCUGUGAAGUGGAUGUGGGCCCUAAAUCAAAACAUUGUAGUGCGUGUAAUAAGUGUGUGGCGAGCUUUGACCACCACUGCAGAUGGUUGAACAAUUGUGUGGGCAGCAGAAACUACUGGCUAUUUCUCAACAGUGUGAUUUCCGCUCUUCUUGGGAUUGUUUUAGUUGUAGUUAUUGCCAGUUUUGUCUUCAUAGAGUUCUUUUUGGACCCAUCAAAACUCCGAUCCGACAAGCACUUUCAACAGGUAAAGAAUGAGUCUGUGGUGUGGUUUGUUUUUCUGCCUGUGGCUCCAGUCACCACGGCAGGUCCAGCCAUCCCUGCUCUGGCAGGAGUCGCCAUUGCUGUGGGACUAUUAUCUGCGCUUUUGCUUGGCCACCUACUCUGCUUCCACAUAUACCUCAUGUGGAACAGACUUAGUACAUAUGAGUAUAUUGUGCAACAGCGGCAUCGACAGGAGGAUGGCGAUUCCAGAAAAACCUCUUCGGAGAAUGAAUCUGCCCUUCCAAAGACGAAUCUUAUCAAGCAACAGGUCAGUUACACUGGAACAUUAGGUUACACCAACCCUGAGAUGGAGGUAGAAGAUCCCACCGCCAUGAGCUCGCAAGAAGGAUCAGCGCAUUAUGGCAACGGCAGGGUCAGAGGCUCGUCUGAACAAAUGGGUGAAGAAGAUCUCCUUCCUGCAGUCCUACAGUCCAAAACAUCACCUUGCCCACACAAACACUCACAGAAAAAAAAGAAGAAGGUGAGCAAACUUGCAGCUGAGAUGAGCAGUGACAGGUCCACUGACACCAGCGCCACCAGAGGCAUGCCAAAAACUUCUGAGCAGGAGUCCUCUGUAGCUGCCGCCACCGUGUCAUCCUCUCUUGCUCAACGCUUACCCUUCCCAGCAUAUCCCCUGCGGACCUCUCUCCCCCCUCUUGCGCCUGUUCAGGCAUCCGGCCCCCCCGCUGAGUAUCAUUCUGACUCCGCAGAGUCUCUGGAGGAGAUUCCUGUAGCAAUGGCACGGCUCGGUAGUGCCGCCCAGGCGGGGGCUCCAGCCGCCAUCUACACAUCUGCCUCUGCAGCUUCUGCCGCCACAUACCCCUCUUCCCUCCGGUGCACUUUGCCUCCCUUGGCGGUUGGGCAGCCUCUACCCUCCCCUCAGCCCAGGACCAAGAGGAAGGUGAUAACUCAUAAAGCUUCAGAGCAGAGAUUUGAGAUGGUAUGCCAUAAUGCAUCUGUGUUUGCAAGUCGAGAAAGCGGGGAAGGUGCUGUGCAUCAAGAAGGCACCAAUGCGGUAGAAGGUCACAAAAUGGCGAAAAGGAAACGAACGGGUAAAAAGAGAAGUGUGGAAGAUUCUUAGCUCAGCUCGAGAUUGGGAACCCCACUGGCGUAGGAACUACUACACUACAAAGAUACAGCAGUUCUUGUCAGGACUUGUUUUUCUUGUUUCUGUAUCAGAAAACUCCAAUUGCUUUUGAAGAGUAUUGCAUAGACUUGUGCAGCACUGAAUGCUGAUGCACCUGAUGCAAUCUAUGCAAGAAACACUGAAUGUCAACAAAGAUGCUGGAUGCCUGGAUCCAAACACCUCCGAGUAAAGACAUUUCUGUACCUUUUCCUGCAUGGUCAAAACAACUAGAUUGUCCUUGAUCGAUGACAUUCACUCUUAACUCUUCAAAAAGUUGCUGAAGACAUGUCUCAUGGGCUAUUAAAGGUCUGAUCUCGGAUCAGAAUUAUAUAUAUUGAAAUAUUUGUGAGAUUAUCAGAAGUGAAGUCAUGGGCAUUGACGCACAAUCGUCUAAUGAAUCUUUUGUGGAAUCCCAAUCCUAGGCUUAAUUCCAGUACAUUUCACUAUGACUAAAUGUAGCAUUGCACAAUUCAUUUUAAUGCUUUCACGCCUUUUAUUUAUUUAUAAAUGUUAAUUGCCAAAGUUUUACAUUUACAGUAGUUUUUUUAAGAUGAAACACUUUUCAAUGAUUGAUUGUCUUAGUUUUUUCAGUAUUUGUAUAAUAUCCAAAGGUUAACUUAUUUUUAUAUUAGUAUUGUUUCUGUUAUUGGUAUUAUGAGGUUUGUUCAUGUUUUUCAUUUUCAAUAAGCUUUUACAUGUCUCAUUGUUUGAAUUAGGUUCAUGUAUAAUUUUUGGUACGUGUUCUCUUGUACAUACUACAGAGUGUACUUGUAGUGAUAUUUGAACAAUACAAUCUUUGUUUUCUGUUAUAAUACCCAUAACACUUAACAAAUCAACGUCGCAUAUUUCUCAGUGCUGCAAGAUUUUGACUCUGAUGACUGAUCCUUCUCACACGCUGUUUAGAAAACCCUGUCGCACAUUUUCAGUCUGUUAGUUUUGAUGAGAUCAUUGAUGGUUUUUACUGUGAUGUAUAAAACUGCUAGAUGUAAUGCAGUGAUAUGAUGAUUAAGGGGGAAGCAAUAUACAGUAUAAAUAUGAUUUUAGGUUAUUUAUCAAGAAGCAGAAUUUCAGAUGAUUUUUUGCAUACGUUUCCUUUUUCUUAUUUUCAUUUAGACAUUAUGUACAAUCUGAAGAAUGAGUGUUUUAUUUUUGUAAUAUUUGCCUCCCUCCAAUAAAUAUUUGCACUGUAGAAAACUUAUACAAUAUACAACAGGGGGGGG